UUUUGGGGGGUGGUGCUGCUCUGUCUUGCUUUGCAGGAAGGCAGGGAGAGAGCGCUUGCUGCAUUCCUUCAGUGUGUUUGCAGUUGCUGCAUCCCUUGCCCUGGGGGGAGAGGUGCCAGCAGUUUUUUUUCCUCUCCUUUAAGGUGUUACUUCUCCCCUGGGUUUUGCUGGCCCAUCCCAGAGCCUCUUGUCUGACCCACCCCAACCCCAAAUCAUCAGCUGCUGGCUGGUCCCCCUGUGUGGGUCAGGCUCUGUCCUCAGGUGCUGCAGUGUGUCCUGGUGUGGGGGGAAGGCUGUGUGGGGCUGGCAUGGCCACGCCCAUGGUGGCAUUUAAUUCUGCCAGGAGACUGUUGAAGCAGCUGGGGAGUGCUUACACCCGCUGGCCCCCCAGUUCUGCUUGGGGACUGUCACCUCUAGGAGACAAGCUGUGGUGGCUCAGUGUGUGCUGAGGGGAGCUGGCGCUGACCCUGGCAGGGGUGGGCAGUCCUGUGGGAAGCCCUUGGGAUGGGUUUCUCCAGCACCUGACGGUUGUCCCACUUCCCCUGACAGUGUGACUCAGGGGUGAGGGGAACAGCUGUGUGUUUGUGUCCACACUUGUGCUGGAAGGGAUCAUCUCUUCUUCCCUGUAUGUUUGGGGAGAGCACGGCUCCUGGGGCAGGGAUGGGCUUGCUUGGGCUGUGCUGGUAACCUGUGAGGUCUGUCACUGGGGGAGAUCAGUUCAGUUCUGAAAUCUCAGUGCAGUUACAGGCCUGAGGACUGCAAGCAGAUCCCUUGCACGCUGCCUCCUUGCACACAUGUGUGCCUGGGUGCAGAGAGGACAGGCCCGAUUGUGGCACAGAGCCCAUCUCUGUCCCAGGCCAGCAUCUCUCUCUGCUCCUCUAGCCUUGCUGCUUCACCUUCCACCCCAGCUUCCCAAAAUCAUCCUAGUCUCUGUCCCCUCACCUGUGGCAGCACGGGGGGCACAGGGCAGGUGAGUACCUGGAGCUGUGAGCCUGCAAAGUGGUCGUGCUGGUCUGGGUGCUGCCAGGAGGCAGGAGAGGUCAGGCAGACAAGUGACUGGAGUUGUCUCCCUCUGGUUCCUUGCAGGCUGUGGAGUGCAGGGGGAAUGAGAGUGUGCUGCGUGGGGUACAGGGCACUGCUAGGGCUGCAUAAGCCAGUGGCCAUCAGGCCACCCACUCUGCAGAGCCCAAGAGGAACGUGGUGCUACCCUCCUGUUUGUGGGUGCAGGCAGCCCGAGCACUGGGCCAGUGGGUUGGUGCCCCCCAGCACAUCAAAUGCAGGGGGGGCUGCAGGCACUGCAGUGAGUCCUUGCGGUCUGAGCCCUGCAAGAAGGGCCUUUGCUGGGAAAGCACAGCCCUGGCACUGGGCACUGCUGUGAGGCAACUGGGAUGUCACCCCAGCCACUCCAUAUAUCCAGCAACAUGUGAGGUCCUUGAGAGUGUGGACAGGCAGUCCUCAUGUGCUCUGGGGACAGCUAAACACCCACAGACAGCCCCACGCCCGGCAUAUUCCCCAGCCCGUGCUGUGCUGAGCCUGUCAGGAUCUGGCAGCCGGGCUUGGCAGCUGCCUGCACACUGACGGCACUGGCUAUUCCCAGCCCCAAACCCUUGAUGCCUGUGCUGAGUCAGGGGCCUGGGGCGCGGCUGCCACCCCUGCGCCCCAGCACAGAGCUCUUCACCUCCAGGAACCCCCUGGUCCCCUCCUGCACCCAAAUCCCAGCCCACCAGCUGUGGCAUCUGCUCCUCGAGCACCCAGCUUCAGCACCGGGGUGACAGGCACAUCCAGCGAUUUGUCAGUCUAAUUAAAGCCUUAACAGCCUAAUCAAAGCCUUAUUGUCAGUCCAGUUGUAUUUAUAGUCCCACUUGGCGCAGUGCACUCCCCUUACGGCUGCCGGUGCAGUCGUGGCCCCAGCGUGCUGGCGUUCCCUGGGGAGAAGGGGUUGGAGGAGCUGCGGGUCCUGCUCUGCACCCCCUUCCUUGCUCUCACACGGCUGCCAGCACAGAGGAGGCAGAGCCAUGGCAUCGCUGCUGUGCAACGCCCGCAUCCAGCUCACAGACACACUGGAGCAGAUGCAGCAGGGGACACUGAUGCGCAAAGUCAAGUCCAAGAGCUGGAAGAAGCAGCGUUACUUCAAGCUGCAGGAUGACUGCAUGACCAUCUGGUACCAGUCCAAGAGGACGGGCAAAACUGAGUCUGCCUUCUCCAUCAGCGAUGUGGAGAUGGUGCGGGAAGGGCACCAGUCGGAGGUGCUGCAGAGCCUGGCUGAAGAGUUCCCCCCUGAGCGCUGCUUCACCAUUGUCUUCUACGGCCGGCGGGGCAACUUGGACCUCAUCGCUGGCUCAGCAGAGGAGGCACAGUGCUGGGUCCAGGGCCUGCGCCAGCUCAUUGAGGUGGCCACCAGCAUGGACCAAAGGGAGAAGAUAGACCAAUGGAUUCGUGACUGGUUCCAGAAAGCCGACAAGAAUAAGGAUGGACGCAUGAACUUCAAAGAGGUGCAGCAUCUCCUCAAGAUGAUGAAUGUAGACAUGAAUGAGGAUCAUGCCCUGCGGCUCUUCCAGGCUGCCGACAAGUCAGAGUCGGGGACACUGGAAGGAGAGGAGUUUGUGCUCUUCUACAAGGCCCUCACGCAGCGUGAGGAGGUGCUGAGCCUCUUCCAGGACUUCUCUGAAGAUGGGAAGAAGCUGACGCUGCUGGAGCUGGUGGAUUUCCUGCGGCAGGAGCAGCUGGAGGACGAGGGCACGGAGGAGCUCGCCAUGGAGCUCAUUGACAAGUACGAGCCAUCGGAGUCAGCCAGGGCUCGCCACGUGCUGAGUGCUGACGGGUUCCUCAUGUACCUCUGCUCCCCGGAGGGCUCCAUCUUCAACCCCCGGCACCAGGCACUGUGGCAAGACAUGAGCCAGCCACUCUGCCACUACUUCAUCUCCUCCUCCCACAAUACCUACCUGAUUGAGGACCAGAUCCGAGGCCAGAGCAGCAUUGAGGGUUACAUCAGGGCUCUGAAACGGGGCUGCCGGUGCCUGGAGGUGGAUUGCUGGGACGGGCCAAACGGGGAACCCAUGGUGUACCACGGCCACACCUUCACUUCCAAGAUCCCCUUCCGGGAGGUGGUGAGCACCCUGGAGAAGUACGCCUUCAAGACCUCAGACUACCCAGUGAUCCUGUCCCUGGAGAACCACUGCAGCAUGGAGCAGCAGGAGGUGCUGGCCCAGCAGCUCAAGUCCAUCCUGGGGGAACAGCUCCUCACCACCACCAUUGAUGGGCGUGUCCCCACCCAGCUGCCAUCCCCAGAGGAGCUGAAGCACAAGAUCCUGCUGAAGGGGAAGAAGAUCGGGCGGCUGGAGGACACACUGGAUGGGCCAGGGGACGAGGCACCCGAUGUGUCUGAUGAUGACAACGGGGCAGAAGCAGAGGAGGAGAGGCGGAGGGCAAAGAAGGACAAGGAGAGCCUGGCACAGGCGUUGUCUGACUGUGUCAUCUACUGCAAGAGUGUGUCCUUCCGGGGCUUCCAGGAGGCCCGCAGCCAUUCCCGGCCCUCUGAGAUCUCCUCCCUUGCUGAAUCCAAGGCCAGGAAGCUCAUACGGGAUGCAGGAAAUGAAUUUGUCCGCCACAACACCUGGCAGCUGACACGCAUCUACCCCAGCGGGAUGCGGACCGACUCUUCCAACUACAACCCCCAGGAGAUGUGGAAUGCAGGGUGCCAGAUCGUGGCCCUGAACUUCCAGACGGCUGGCACGGAGAUGGACCUGUGUGACGGGCUCUUCAGCCAGAACGGCUGCUGUGGCUACGUGCUCAAACCACCCUUUAUGAGGGAUGAGGAGACUCUCUUCAACCCCAAUGACCCCAGCAGCUGGGAGGGCCACGGCCCCAUCACUCUGACCAUCCAGGUGAUCAGUGGGCAGCAGUUGCCCAAAGUGGCCAACAGCAAGGAUGGAGCCAUCAUCGACCCACUGGUGCGUGUGGAGAUCCAUGGGGUCCCUGUGGACCAGGCGCACCAGGAGACCAAGUACAUCGAGAACAACGGGUUUAACCCCCGCUGGGAUGAGACGCUUCAGUUCCAGCUCCAUGUGCCGGAGCUGGCCCUUGUCCGCUUCGUGGUGGAGGAUUACGACAAGACCUCCAGGAACGACUUCGUGGGCCAGUUCACCCUAGCCUUUGCCAACAUCAAACCUGGCUACCGCCACAUCCAUCUCCUCUCCAAGGAUGGCACCAGCAUCCCACCCUCUUCACUCUUUGUCCAUAUCCGCAUCACUGAGCCACCCAGUCCUGAGCAGGACUGAGCCCCUGGGGCAAGCAGGACCUGGAUAGAAGCCAUAGAGCCGGCCCCAUGCAGCUGGGGCCGCAGAGCCAACCACAUCACCCUCUUGUUGAGCCGUUUGUGUCAUCCCUGUGUUACCCCUUGUGUCACUGCUGCACCUCUCUUUGCAGUGGCCUCCAAGGGCUGGAAAAAGGUACUGACCUUCCCUUCCCAGGUUUAGGAUGCUGCCUCCAACUUGUGAGUGUGGGGUCUGCACUAGCGCAGCCCACCCUGGCCAUGAGUAGGAGAGAUGGUGCACAGCACCCUGGCUCUGCCGCAGGGGCUGGUCCCCCCGGGCCCAGGGAGCAUGGCUGGAGCUGAGCAAACCCCAGGGCUGAGCAGAGGUGGGAGAGGAGUCAGUCCUCACUGCUCCACCCCUGCAAAGCUCCAUCACAGCCCCUGCAGCUGCUCCUGGCCUAUGCCUGUUGCUGACCCCUCCUGUACCCUUUCUCUGUAAGCAACUUAAUAAAUUGUUUGGUGACAGGCA